UAAUAAACCUCUAAUAAACCUCUAAUAAACCUCUAAUAACUGCCCGGUGUUUUAUUCCUCUCUCUCUGUUUAUAAAUCAUCAGUUUGAAUUUCAAUAAAGAGAGGAGGUCGGUGGGGAGAGAGGGAGUAAAGAGGGAUGUAUUAUUUAUUUUAACAUGUGGUAUGUGAUCCUUAAUGAAUGUGGAUGUUGAGGCAAACCAGUAAAAUAUUUUAAAGGUUUAACGGUAAUUACGGUAUCCCACCUUGUGAUUGUGAAUGUGUCAGAACAACGAGUUAAUUUAUUUCAACAUCACACUGAAAACAGAAUAAAUAACUUCUAACUUCACUAAAACAAAUACUGAGGAGACUUUAUGGACGUUGUCAUGAAAAUAAAAGUGUGUGUACUAUUUAAACUCAUCUCUCCUCACCUGUUGUUGCACACUGAGUGAUUGUGAAGGUCUGUGUCUGAUGUCAGAGCUGAAUGGCGGGAAGAGAAGCAUCAGACGAGGAGGAGAGAGAACGCCGUCGGCCGUUUUGUGUCCCGUCAGGCCCGCCGUGUCUUCCACCGAGGAGGCCGACAUGAGUUCUUCCCAACAGAAACCAGGAGGAUCGAAGAGGCCCAGACCUCACCGCUGCCAGCAGUGUGACAAAGUCUUCACCUCCACACACCACCUGAAGGAUCACCAGAGUGUUCACACGGGAGAGAGACCCUACCACUGUGACCUCUGUGGGAAAGCUUUCACUCAGUUAAGCAGUUUACGGACUCACCGUCGCAUCCACACGGGAGAGAAACCGUACAGCUGCGACCAGUGCGGGAAGUCUUUCACUCAGUCCAGUACUUUAAAACUCCACCGGCGCAGACACUCUGGAGAGAAACCGUACAGCUGCCAACAGUGCGGGAAGAGCUUCGCCGAUUCAUUCUCGUGCCAACAACACCAACACGUCCACACCGGAGACAAACCGUUCCAGUGUCCGCUCUGCUCCAAAACCUUCCUCACACGGUCCAAUCUGACGAGACACCGGCGCAUCCACACGGGGGAGAAACUCUACACCUGCGAGCUGUGUGGGCGGAGCUUCAACCACUACUCAUCGUACACAGUCCACCAACGGAUCCACACGGGAGAGAGACCCUACCGGUGUCGCUUCUGUGACAAAACCUUCACGUCAUCGACCAACCAGGCCGACCACGAGCGGGUCCACACCGGGGAGAAACCCUACAGCUGCGACCAGUGCGGGAAGAGUUUCAGCCACAUCACCACCUGCCUGCUGCACAAGCGCGUCCACACCGGGGAGAAACCGUACCAGUGUCAGUACUGCAGCAAAACCUUCAUCACGUCGUCGAACCUGUCGAGACACGUGCGCACUCACACCGGAGAGAAACCGUACUGGUGUGAACGGUGUAAGAAACACUUCUCCUUCUCCAAUCAGUUGAAGAGACACCGCUGCGUCUGAACUCGAGUCACACUAACUUUAUUUACAUCAACAUAUUUUCACAUGAGCUGGUUUUGGCCUUUUUCAACAGUUUGAACUUAAAGUCUCCACGAAGGGAAGCGGAGAGCUGUUAGCUUCCUCAUAUUUACUGUUUCCUGUAAAACAAGCAGCUAUGGAGGGACUCGUGAGGGAUAUUGAUUACCGUUUACAGCAGCCAAUAGAAUGUGUGUUACCUCCAGCAUCCCGGGGCUGAGGCAGUUAGUUUAACUGCACAGCUGUCCGAGCUAACAGCAGUUAGCGGUUCGCUACUUAUACUGUUUAUAAUAUUUCCAUCAGGAGACUCUGUGAAUGACCUCAGUACUGUAACGUACAAAUGUAAUAUCUCCAUCCAGUUUUCUGUGUUGUUUUCCACCGUUUGAGCUUCAACCUGCACACGAUGAUAAUAAUGUUCUUGUUGUCUCUUCUUCUGGUUCUCUGACUGGAGACUCGCCUCGUGCUGCUAAAGAUGAACCAACUCUUAAUAAUCACAUAACGACUGGAUGAAAACCAGCUUUCAUUCACAUUUUCUUCUGUUUAAUUACUCAAAAUUCACUUUAAAUGACACAUUUUGAUGGGAACUCGAGUACUGUUGAAUGUUGGACUGUGUGACUCUUUAAUGUCUCUUUACUGGUUCUUUAAUUAUCUAAUAAUGUCCUAAUAAUUAGGGCUAAAACGAUUAGUUGAUUAAUUGAUUAGUCAUUGAACAGAACAUUAAUUAAUCAGUCACUUCAGGAGUGUUUUUGGGAUUGUCGAGUCAUAAAAUGUCUAAACAUGUUUUUUAUUUACAGAUUAUUUAUAUAUUGAAUAUUAUUAUUCAAUAUUGAAAUGAUUGGUUGCUGGAAAAGACACGUAAGACAUCAAUAAACCUUUUUAUGUACUUUUUUGUAUGUUUAUGUUAAUUUUAAAAACAUAAUGUACCAAAUAAACAGCUUGAAAAGAGACUUUAAGGUGUAAUAACUUUAUAUAAUUUCAUCUGUAAUCAUUUAUAAAGGGAUCAUAUGAUUAAAACUAAUAACUAAAGC